UUUAAGGCUCAAAGUGCAAAGAUUCUUGAUCAAGGACACGAGUAGCAUAUAUAGUUGUGUGGUUUGGGAGUAAAGCAACGAGCACGCACAGACCAUCCAUCAGCAUCCAUCAGCAAUCACCGAGAGACAUGUUUUAUCAUAUACUCACAUUUUGGGCGUUUUUGGUGACCCUACAAGGGCAAGAAUCCCUCGCUGAUGCUCCUUUAAAAAUAGUAAAUGAGGAGCUCAUCGACACGGAGGCCAUCGGGGAGGUCAACACAACCCAGAACUUCACAAACUUUGGACUUUUGAGAAAACUUAACAAGAGAUUGAGCUAUGUUGCUAGUAGCUGCAAAGACAUCCGGGACGUUUAUGGUGACACCGAAGAUGGAUUGUACUACCUGACUACAGCGAAUGGCAUGCUCUACCAGACCUUCUGUGACAUGACCACCUCCGGAGGUGGCUGGACGCUGGUGGCCUCCGUCCAUGAAAACAGCAUUUAUGGCAAGUGCUCAGUGGGUGACCGCUGGUCCAGUCAGCAGGGCAACAAUCCCAACAUGCCGGACGGAGACGGAAACUGGUCCAACAGAAACACGUUUGGGGCAGUAGAAAGUGCCACCUCUGAUGAUUUCAAGAAUCCAGGUUACUACGAUAUCAUUGCAGAAGACGUGUCUGUGUGGCACGUUCCCAACAACUUUGCGCUGGAGCACUGGAACCUGGGAGCCAUCUUGCGCUACCACACCAACAACAGGUUCCUACGUCUGUACGGGGGAAACCUCUUUAAGCUCUUCAAGCAAUUUCCAGUGAGAUACAAUAUCGGCUCGAGCGGCAACAGAGGACCAUCUUUUCCCAUUGUGUAUGACCAUGGAGACAGAGAGUCCACUCGACAAUUAUAUGGACCAAACCCCAGAGCGGAAUUUGAACCAGGCUUCAUCUCAUUCAGAGCUAUAAACAAUGAACGAGCAGCCAUGGCUAUCUGCUCUGGGGUGAGACCGCUGCGAGGGUGGAACACUGAGCACUAUUGUAUAGGUGGAGGAGGAUUUUUUCCGCAGCAUGCCCAUCAGUGUGGGGACUUCCCAUCAUUUGACUGGGACAGACUGGGAAGAGAGCAAGGUUGGAGCGCCUCCAAAGAGAUGACUGAGGCGGCGGUUUUACUGUUUUACCGCUGAGCGGAUGAUUUAGUAUUUAAGUUAUGUUAUGUUAUGUUUUUAAGCAGCACAGUAAACUAUGACAUUACAUUUUCUUGUAUCUGGAUAAAAUGAUAACUAUUAGGAUGGCUGUAACUUUCUAGGAGUAAUUUAAUCCAGAGUAGCGGACAGAAAAGAAAAAACCUUCCAUCUAUAUCCGGGGUUCAGUUUUCAAGAAUCUUGCACAUAAAAACUAUGAUUUCCUUUGACUUUUUGGCUCCUGACAGGGUAGGGAUAUGAAAAUUAGACUUAAGAUGUCUACAUUUGUCAUAUUUGUUACUUCGAUUUACAAAAUGUCUUCUAAGACAAAGACUAUGGAUGUUGUGUUAUUAUUUAACAUAUUUGUGCAUAUGUACUUUAA